AUGCCUACUUCCAACAACUCCCUUGAAUUUGUUAUGGACAAGCACUGUGAAAUGGUCAGUCACAGCCGUUCUGCAGACCAAACCCAGUUUUCUGGAAUUGCUUUCGACCCCUUGUGCGAUUUCAACCAAGAGAUUGUCGACAAAAUGCAUGGAGAAGUUGUACUCCGAUAUGUGACAGAUGUCUUUGUCAACCAUGCCAAUAUGGAAUGGACCCGUACCUCGGCCGGAAACUCAGCAGUCAUGAACCUCUUAAGUCUCAGAAGUUUUUUGCCAACUGAAGUCAACGAGGCCACCACCAAAAUCAUUGUUGCACAGAAGCCAAAGACGAAUCUGCCGGAGAAGGUUGGCCCUGAUUCUGUUCCCACUGCAGAAAGCAUAGGUCAAGGUUUGUACCGAAAGUACAACCAAAACCAGGUGAACAAGCUCUUCUCCUUGGUUUUCUCAGAAAAUGAGACUGCUGCUGCUGCUGCCAGGGAAACGGGGAUCAAUGUCCGGACAGCCCAGAACUAUGUCAGGCUGGCCAGAGAGAAGAUCCAGGCCGAUUUUGAUGCUGCCACAGUGGAGACUGAUGAGUCCAAUGGGCUGGAGACGAUGGAGGUUGAGGAGGUUUCUGCACCUAAAGAACGAAAACAUGGCAACCAAAAGUUGUUCCAGGCGCACUCUGCUUUUUUUUUGAAGUUUUUCGAAAAUAAAUCAGAUGCUACCUUGGAACAAGCAAGGAUAGCUGUCAUGGAAGAGUUCUCUGGGCUGCAGAUUACCAAAUCAGCAAUCCAGAAGCACUUGGUGAAGAAGUGUGCCCUGACAAUGAAGAAGUUGGAGAAGCUGCCUGAGAAGAGAGACGACGUCAAUUUCAACUAUCUGUCAAACUGUGUGUUCAUCGAUGAAGCAGGCUUCAACAUGCACAUCAAGAGAACUUUUGGCCGUUCCAUCAGUGGCACCCCAGCUAAGACAACUGUCCUGACGCAGAGAGGUGUGUCCAUCACCAUCCUUGGUGCAAUGUGCGAGAGAGGGAUUGUCAGUCUCUUGUUGAAGAAACCCACUGCAGUCACAACAAAGAAGAAGAGAAAGUUGGACAUCUACACCAACGUUGAGGUGAAUGGCCGAAUUGGCAUAAGGAUAAAAAAUUUGAGUGCCAUGUACCCUUCCGCCAAUAGUAAAAGGGGGGAGCAAAUUCAGAUGGCAAUGGGAGCAAAUUCAAUUUCUAUAGAAGCCAAUCAGAUGUCAAUGGGUUCUAAUUAG